GCCUUCCUCUUCCACCUACAUCCUUUUCUUCCUUAUUUCUCCAACCAAGGUUAAGGUGCUUUUGUUAGGAAUUAUAAGUAAAUUGUACUAUUUAUGAAUUACUGUUCAUGAUUACUGUUCACGCAUUAUGCUUUGAUCUCUUUCAAUAGGAAGUCCUAAUAUUAUUUUGGACAUAUUAUGAAUUUGUUUGACAUCCGUAUGUGUUUAUGGUUAUGGAGUAAAUGGAUCUAAGCUUAAAGCUUGGGGUAUUCAGUGGACCCUUUGAGGUAUUUAGUGGACCUCUGCACAGUAGGGUUAAUACUGUGAUUAGCUCCGGUACAGUGUUGCUAGCACACCUCAGUGGACUCCAUAGUAUUGUGUGAUUUUCGAUUUUAUGCAUUGCGCUUGUGACAUCGUAUUUGUGAGCAUAUGAUUUUAGUAUAUGAAUUCAAUUUAACUGUCAUUGAUUAUUCCUUGACAUUUGUGCUUAUGAUUUGAGAUAUUAAGUUAUUAUUUAAAUAGUAAAAAUUAUAAUAUUAUGUGAUUUGAUUUCGUUGUGUCUCAUGCUCUUUGUGUGGAUAGGUCUAAAGGUCUUAGAACCCAAGUUUAUAGCUUAAACUUAUUACUUACUAGGCUGUUAGCUUAUAAAUCCCCCCCCAUUUCAAAUCAAUAGAUCGAGGUAGCAGCCUCUCGUUAGGGAGCUUUUGGCACGGGACUCGCAUGCUCAUUGUAUGUACAAGCUAGGCCUCGUGUUUUCGAUAGGGAGGCAGAUCGAUGUGUUACCAAAACAAUGACUAAGCUUUUACUUUGUUGAAAAGCUUUGGAGAAGAAUUUGCCUCAUAUAAUUUUUGUGUAAAUUACCUUUAUGUAUAAAAUUUUUAAAUUAAU